CCAUUUCAAAUUAAAUUAUUUUUUUAACUAACGGUUUAAGAAAAAUGCAUAAAACAUCAAUUUUGAAGAGGGAAUAUGAAAAUCUGCGAUCUGAUUUUUUGUCAUCAAUUUUUUAUCACUGGUUUUCAAUUAUUUACGCAAAAAAAACCCCGCUCGUUCCAAGAUUUUUUUUUAAAAAGUUGUCAAAACGUUCACACUGUGAGGGUGCAGCUUUUAGAAGCAGAUACUAAUAAUAACGUUCUCGUUGAAACAAGCAUCAAAUAAGAUAUGAAACCGAAACAAAAUGUUUCAACAUUUAAAGUCACUUAUGGAGUGCCUGUGUAUAUAAAUUUAUAUUUCUAUAGUGAAAACGAGACACCCCAAGACCCUGAAUGUAGCCACAGCGCUGAGGCCCGUAAAAGGGUAAAUCAAACCAGCGACACGACACACAUGGUGAAAAGCGAGUCCAGCGCCUCGAUUAGUAGCACGGACAGCGCAUUGGCUGAAAACCUUACUCAAAAACGACAGACAUUUAUAGCCAUUCGGGAAACCUACACGCCUUUAAAAGCAAAGAUGAAGCGCCUCAAACACUUUGUUGAAAACAAUAGGCAACACAUUUUCUACCUUGUAAUAUUCUUUGGCAUCUGUAUCGGACUGUUUGCCGAGCGUUUUUACUAUUACACGGUAGAAAGGGAACACAGUGGACUCCGUGCCCUAAUGAGUUACGGCAUCAGUACCACCAGAGGGGCCGCUGCAGUCAUGUCCUUCUGUUUCUCCUUGCUCCUGUUGACCAUGCUGAGAAACACCAUCACCUUUCUGAGAGAGACCUUCCUGAACCUCUACGCACCAUUUGAUUCAGUUGUUUCCUUCCAUAAGGUUAUUGCAUGGACGGCAUUGUUUUUCACAGCCAUGCAUGUAAUCGGUUACGGAUUCAACUUCUACCAUUUGGCGACACAACCUACUAAGUACCUGUGCAUAUUCGAUACCGUUGUGUUUAGAGCGGACAUCCAACCAACAUUUAACUUCUGGUUCUUUGGAAAUCUAACUGGGUUUACCGGACUUCUACUGGUGAUUAUAAUAUGCAUUGUAUACGUGUACGCUACCCAGUUGGUUAGACGUCUAAUUUUCAACGCAUUUUGGCUUUCGCAUAAGCUGAUCGGUGUAAUGUAUGUGUUGACCAUCCUGCACGGCGCGUCCAUGAUUGUCCAGAAGCCCAUGUUCUACGUGUACUUCGUCAUCCCCGCCAUCUUGUUCACCAUUGACAAAAUGAUUAGUCUGAGCAGGAAGAGGAUGGAGAUAUCCAUCGUAAGAGCUGAAAACCUCGCAUCGGACGUCACGUUCAUAGAGUUUAAACGCCCCCCAAGGUUUGAGUAUAAAUCUGGCCAGUGGGUUCGUAUUGCCUGUCUGGCUCAGGGCCCGAACGAGUACCAUCCAUUUACGUUAACGUCAGCCCCGCAUGAAGAUACGUUAUCCCUUUACAUCCGAGCGGUUGGACCUUGGACUCACGCUUUUCGGAAUAUUUUUGAUCAAGAGAACUUAAAACAGCAGCCUUUUCCAAAGCUCUAUUUGGACGGUCCAUACGGUGCUGGGCAGCAAGAUUGGUACACGUAUGACGUGUCUGUGUUAGUAGGGGCAGGAAUUGGCGUCACACCAUAUGCUUCCAUCCUCAAGGACUUUGUGCAUAUGACGUCGAUCAAGAGCACGUACAAAAUACGUUGUCAGAAGCUGUACUUUAUAUGGGUGACGGGCAGUCAGCGUCACUUUGAAUGGCUUCUGGACAUCCUGCAGGAGGUUGAAUCUAUUGACACAAAGGGCAUGGUCUCCAUUGAUAUAUUUAUUACCCAGUUCUUCCAGAACUUCGACCUUAGGACUGCAAUGCUGUACAUUUGUGAGGAACAUUUCCAAAAGUUGUCCGGUGGUAAGAGCGUGUUUACCAGCCUUAAAGCCAACACCCACUUCGGCCGACCACACCUUUCCAGCAUGUUUAAAACCCUACACAGGGCACACCCGAUGGUGCGUAAGAUCGGUGUGUUUUCCUGUGGUCCCCCCGGUGUUACCAAGAGCGUGGAGAGGGCAUGUGUCGAUAGUAGCAGAACCACCAAGGCGCUGUUUGAACACCAUUUUGAGAACUUCUAAACAUUCAAGAAAAUGCAUAAUAAAUAGCAUUACAGCAAGGCGCUGUUUGAACACCACUUUGAGAACUUCUGAACAUUUCAAGAAAAUGCAUAAUAAAUAGCAGGUCCACCAAGGCGCUGUUUGACACCACUUUGACAACUUUUAAACAUUCCAGGAAAAUGCACUAUAAAUAGCAGAUACAGCAAGGCGCUGUUUGAACACCACUUUCAGAAGUUAUCAUCAUUUAAAAAAAUAUACCAUUAGUAGCAGUCCACUAAGACGCUGUUUGAAAUCCGCUAUGGGAACUAGCAUUCCAAGAAAAUGAACUAUAUGUACCAGGUCGUCCAAGGCUUUUUUUGAACACCACUUCUAAACAUUACAAGAAAAUGAACUGAACAUUAUGAACAAACUUUACGAUGGAAGUUUGUUGCUGUAUUCCUUAAUUAAUUGUAUCUUUCAUGUUGGCUCUCCCGUUCGAAGAAAUAGUGCCAGUUUCGGACGUUGGUAGGUCCGAGCGAAUGGUGAUAACAAUCAAAGUGUUUUGUAAACCAAUUUAAGUGUGCUGUGAUUAACUCUCCACAAACAACGUGCUUAAGAGAACUACUUUCAUACGAUUGCAAUACAUAGAAGUAGCUGAUAGUUUGGCUUGCUUGCCAGUUUAAUGUUCUUGGAGAAUACUGCUUAUGCCUCUUCUUCCGUAUUUGUUUUCAUAUAUUACUUAUGUAAUACAUGUAAGUGCUAAACAAUCGGACUGGCUCGGCCAUUUUCCUUCGAAAUAACCACGGAUGUAUAUGGACGGUGUACAAUGUCAGAAUUCAUUACAUUUAUUUACGCUGUAAAAAAGUGCGUAGUGAUUUCAAAUCAAAGCCAAGUUUUCAAUUACAGAAUACACAGGACUCUGUGCUGCUUUGUAAGUUUUCAUGUUUUGCGCCUAUCUGACACCAAACAUAAAGUAAGGCAGACUCAAACUUUGUAGGCGUCGCCGCCAUUUUAGCUUUACGAACUACUUUUUCUAAUGCACAUGCAUACAUCCGAGGCUCGUCGUAUGCAGGAGAUUGCCGAGGUGUUCCGAUUUAGUGCUAAAAUUAUCAAAUGUAGAUAUUUUAAGAUAUCUCGAUGACUGCUGUGUGAUCUUAGUACUAGGAUAUAUUCCAAUUCGCAAUAAUGACUUAGAAUAUUGUUUUGUGGUUUUCCUUUUAGCUAUGCCUGUAUCAGCUAUUUCAGUUUGGGCUAUUUCAUUUUGGUAGUAUACAGUUCCCAAUGUUAUUCAGAAUUUAAUUUAAUUAUGUGGCUUGUGCCAUACAUGUAUAUAAUAUCAAUCAUUUCACUUUGGUAUUCGCUAGAACUGAAAUACAUGUACGUAGAUUAUCGCCAUUUUCACAAUAGUUUAAGCAGCUGCGUGCACUGAGUAAAAUAUAAAACUAAGUCUAAUGCACUGGCACCGGAUUUUCAAACUCAAUCAUUUUUUUAAAAAAUCAAAAAAAAAUCUUAAAAUUAUAAUACCGAAAAUGUGAAAAAAUAUUGAAAAAUAUU